AUGUAUCAAGCCUAUUCAGUUCCGAGUCAAUAUCCAAUGAGGGUUGAGGUAAUUAUUCAGGAUGAAUACAAUUAUGUUUUUGAAUUGAAUCCUGCUCACUCCAAAAUUACCUGUACCAAUUUUCAAGGUCAUCAGGAAAGUUAUCCGACUAUAGAUUUGGCUGAUUUGGAUAAGUGGGUCUUUGGAACUAUAAUGAGUCAUGUUACUAUGAGUCAAUAUAAUUUGAGAAGGGAAGGUGAUGAAAUUAUUCUGGUGGAGUGUUGGGGAGUUGGCUUGUUGAAUAGAAAGAAAAUUGAACACAAAGAAAACAAGUUUGAAAAGGCACAGCUCAAAACAACUCUAUUUGCUUAUUCUCAUUCAAAUAUUGGAAGUUUCUUUAAAGAAGUUGAAAAGUUUUGCUUUCUUCGUGGUCUUUAA